AUGAUCACAUUCGUUACCUACGGGCUCGUGUUCGCCAACCUGGCCCUGCCUGGACUUCUCCUGGGGGACUUGGCUUUCCGUUGCCCCAGUUGCUCGGCAGAGCAUCUGACCAUGUGUCCUAAAGUGGCCGCGGCGUGUCCAGAAAUAGUGCGGGAGCCGGGCUGUGGCUGCUGUCCGGUGUGUGCCAGGCAGGAAGGGGAGCUCUGCGGGGUCUACACGCCCAGGUGCUCCACCGGCCUCAGGUGCUACCCCAGCAUGGGCCAAGACUUCCCUUUGCACCAGCUCAUUCAGGGUCUGGGCCGAUGUGGACAGAACGUGGACGUGCAUGGGACUGAAAAUCCACUCACCAGGAAGCCCCCCAUAGAUGCCUGGUACAGGCAGGAGUCUGCCAGGAAACAACACCAAAGUCAGCUCCGAACCAAAAUGAGGAUCCAUCAGUCUGAGGAUCACAGAACCGGGAUAGAACCGCAGAGUCCCUGUCAGGAGGAACUGAACAGGGCCUUGGAGGAGAUCUCCAAAAUGACGUCCGAAGAUAACCGAGGCCCGCUCGAGAACCUUUACGAGCUCAAAUUUCCAAACUGUGACAAAGAUGGGCUUGCAACAUGUCCACCCACGGCCAGCGGGGCGAGUGUUGGUGUGUCAACCCCCUCACGGGGGUUCAGAUCCCAGAGACGCCCAAAGUCCGAGGGGAUCCCAACUGUAGCCGGUUCCAAGAGGAACUCAGAC